AUGGGACGCUGGGGCGAUCCUCCGCCCACACCAACACAUGCGCAGAUGGCACACCUUGCGGGCCCGCGAUAUUCGCCGGCGCCAGCCCAAGGACACGCUCCGCACGCCAAGCGGCGACGAAGUGAAGAUCGACCACUGGCAAUCACUUGUACGCCGUGUAGGGCGCGGAAGAUCAAAUGCGACUCGACCAAACCAACCUGCGACAACUGCGCGAAAAACCCCGCCGAAUGCGUGUAUCCCGUCAAGCUCAAGCCUGGCCUUCGACCCGGCACAGGGACAGACAUGACGAAACGCGUCGAGGCACUUGAAGAGCCCACGCCGAUGGACCUAAUCUCCCCCGAAAUGGCCCUCGACUUGGGCUUCAAGUCUCCUGCCAGCGCCGCAUCCUUUCUUGAUCCCCACCUCCUCCCGCCAGACGACAUUGUGCGCGACUUGAUUGCGCUCUACUUUUCUCAUAUUGCGCCAUGGGCUCCCAUUAUCCCUCCCCAAUCCUUCACAGCACCAUGGAACAUUAUCGUCUACGCCAUUGUCGUCGUCACCCUCCGUCUCUCCAAUGACCCCCGCAUAGCCUCAACAAAGCAGCAGUAUCGCCAAACAGCAAAAUCCCAUGUCCUCUCCCAUGCCAUUGAGAGUACCUCCAUUUCCUCCGUGCAAGCAUUAGCUCUCCUAGCUCUAGAUUUGAUCGGGAGCGAACAAGGACCAUCGUCAUGGGGAAUCCUCGCCCUCCUCACUCGAAGCGCGGUUCACCUUGGAUUGAUCACCGAAGACGAACGUUCCGGAAAGACACCGCCACACAGUUUGAGCAGGACAAGUAUCAUCCCCCCACCAGCAGAUUGGGGGGAAGACGAGGCGCGGAGGCGGCUGUUCUGGCUCAUCUUCUGUCUCGAUCGAUACGCAUGUGUAUCGACAGGAUGGGACUUUGCGCUCCCUGACUUUGAGAUUAAACGGUGCUUGCCGUGUCGUGACGAGCUGUGGUUGGGGACUGAAUGGCAAACCACGCCUCUCUUCAAGCCUGUGCUGCACCGUGACGCCGUGCCCGAUCCAUCACAACUCAGUCCAAUGGCAUACCUCGUCGAAGCGCUCGACCUCCUCGGCCGUGCACAUACAUUACAAACACGUACAGUCGAGCCCAACGACGCGCGACAAGUCGAGCACAGGAAAGAUAUGACGAUGACACUAACGACCGCCGCACGGAGAUGGUUCGCCGACCUCCCCGACCUCGAGGCUGGCAGCAUGAGUCUUGUCAUUCAAGCAAUCUACCACGCAACUUUGCUCAAACUCAACGCGUACUACGCCUACCCCGCCCUCGGCACCGGAACCCCGCCACAACCGUAUGGCGAUACCUGCAUCACAUCCGCACGCGCACUUGCUCAGCUCUGUGGGGCGGCGCGUGAGCUGGGAUUCAUACACUCUAGCUCGCCGCUCUUUGUUUGGAGCACUUGGGUCGCAGCGCGCGUACUCUUCGUCAAUGACUUUCUGGCGCAUCGCGAUGCCCCGUGUACCGAGUUUGAGGAGAUUCUCGCGGCGCUCAAGGAACAGGCGCCGUAUUGGAGUUUAGCCAACCAAUACACCAAUCUCCUCGAACGCGCCAAACGAAAGUGGUCGACCGGGAGCGCAUACGAUGCCGAGGCAAACCCCUCCCUUCCAGACGCGAUCCACGUGCUUCUCGACCUCCGGCGCACAGCUUACUCGGCCGUCGGCGCGAACGGCGAAGCGACACCGUACGUCUCCCCGCCAGAUGUGAGCCUCAGCCACCUCCCGGCGUGGGCCGUACAACCCCUCCUGGGCGACCUGCACAACUGGUUCGACCUGCCCGCGGGACUCUUCACCGAGGGUGCUUAG